AUGUUACUCAUAGCCUUCUACCUUGUGCUAAGUACGCUCGCUGUCCGGCAUACAACAAAUCACCACUCUGAAUAUCUACGCUCGGGAUCUCGGUCUAAUAGAGAUACAGGCAAUCGUGAUAAUGCAUAUGCUGCAGGGAACUGCAAGGACGGGAUGGAAGAGCAGGUCGGCGCGGAUACCGUGUGCAAGCAGUGCAACGCAGGGUUUGUCCCCAUAAACGGAGUCUGCACCGCACAGGGCACCCCAUCAAUUGCGACCGCAGGGUGCAAGCUGGCCAAUAAUGACCCUCCUGGACAGGACUCCACUGUGUGUGAGCAGUGCGGAACAGACGCCACUUACUUCCUAUACAAGGGCGGAUGCUACGACGCCAGCACAGGCGUGGGGCAGAGCCUUUGUAAGCGCGCAUCUAACGGAGCCUGCACAGAGGCGGGAGAAGGCUACUUUGCUGCACCAAACGCCAAGGCUACCGAGCAGUCUGUUAUCCCGUGCUCGGACACGACAGGGGUGACUCUCACCGGAGAUAAGCAAUACGUGGGGGUGGAGAACUGCGCGACGUGUGAUGCUCCAGCUGGAGAUGAAACGGUAGCAAAAUGUAAGACAUGUAGUGACAGAUUCAGUUUAAGAGACAACCAAUGUGUGCCUUCUAGCGUCAACAAGAGCGGCCUUUCUACCGGCGCCAUUGCGGGCAUCGCCGUGGCUGCUGUCAUAGUUGUUGGUGGUCUCGUUGGGUUCCUCUGCUGGUGGUUCCUCUGCCGGGGCAAGGCGUAG